AAAUUAUUUCUACGGUUGUUUUCGUUUUCCCCCUCUCUCACUCUUUCUCUCUCUGUCUCUCCUCUUUACACCUCAUCCGUCUCUCCUUCUCUUUCCUCCGACUCACACAAGCAGUGAGUUUUUGUAUUCAAGGAGGGGGAGUGGUCAAAAGCUGCCAAACUUUAUUUCCUUCCUUCCUUGACUCCUCUACUUCAGGUAGCUGACCAACCAGAACUUGUACAUAAGGGGAUACCUGCUGGGCUGAUAUAAUAAACUACACACACACACACAGAUACACAUACUCACACAGACAUACCCACACACACAAAUUCACGCACGCACACAUUCACUCACUUUCACACACCAACCACUUGUCAUCAACUUUCAUCUGAAAGUGUGAUGUGUUUCACUUGUGUACCGCACACCUCAUCUACCACACAUAGUUUAAGGUACUGCUACUACCUGGCAGUUGUCACUUGGCCCUGCCAAAAGGCCUUACUCACUUCUUAGGAACUUUUCCAACCAAAGUUUUCUAAACUUCCUACAAUUUUCUCAUUCAAUCCCCUCUUCAAAACCUUGGUUUUUUAUUCAGUACUUUUGUUGACACUGCUAAAAAAUUAAUUCUUUCGUGUAAUUACAGUUAUUAAUUAGCUGUGUCAUACAUAAAAGUCACUUUGGUUUUCACAAAAUUUUAGAAACAACUUUUUCUCUUGUAAAUCUUUCAGUAUAAUAUUUUACUUUCAAUAUUAUUUUGGAAAUUGUUAAAUUCCAAAACAGGUAGUAAAAGAGUACCAAAAAAACACCUCCCAGCCCAGCCCUGUCCAAAUAACUAGCAGCUGAUCUAAGACUAGCUUUUAUACUUCUUGAACAGUCAAACAGUUACUUUUUCAACACUCCGUGUAAGUGGUAAAUAGCAAUUUUAACAUUUAGCUUUCAAAUGUCCUUGGGCUCUCUCUCUCUUUCUCACAUACUCUCUCUCUCUCUCAUUCUCUCUCUAUCUCUCGUUCUUGCUUUCCACUCAUUUACUCACUUGACUCACUAUCACUCACUCUAACUCUAGCCGUUCUGUUGGAACAUUGACUGGUAGGGUCUGUUGUACCUGGCAGUCACGUUAGGUCAAGUUAGAAGGUGAGGUGAGGUCAGGUCGGAAGUAUUUCAGCUUCUUUCCGAGAACAAGCCCACUAAAGAUAUAAAGUGAAAAGAAGGAAUUUUAAAAAAGAAAAAAAAAUUCAGGAUGUCUUUCGUGAAAAGACUGAUGUCUAAAAACCACUCAAAUGACGACGAUAAGUUCGAUGUAACGGAAAAGAUGCGGAGUAUUGAAGAAGCCGAGGAAGGUUUCAAGACCAAAGCUGGUCGUAAAAGACACAGUAUCCAGUUGGAUCGUCGGAUCAGUUUACAAGUUGCCAGUUUAGUUGGAGAUGGCAGAAGAUCUAGCAAUGCAAGUACUGGAACCAUGGAUUCCCUCUCAUCGUAUACAGGAAGUUCUUCAGAAGAAGAAGAUAUUAAUCCGAAAGAUAAGGUUCAGAGAAAUUCCAAAGGAAGUACAGAUUUCUGUGUUCGCAACAUUGACCAUGCAGCAUUUGGCAGAAGAGAAAUUGAAAUUGCAGAACAAGAAAUGCCCGGAUUAAUGGCCCUUAAAAAGAGAGCUGCUGCUGAUAAACCUCUCCAAGGGGCUAAAAUUAUUGGUUGUACACACAUCACAGCUCAAACUGCAGUACUUAUUGAAACAUUAGCUGCCCUUGGAGCAUCUGUAAGAUGGGCUGCCUGCAACAUAUAUUCCACACAAAACGAAGUCGCUGCUGCACUGGCUGAAGGUGGGUUCCCUAUGUUUGCCUGGAAAGGCGAAAGCGAAGAAGACUUUUGGUGGGGUAUCGACAAAUGUAUCAACAACGAACACUGGCAGCCAAACAUGAUACUUGAUGAUGGUGGAGACGCCACCCAUCUAAUGUUGAAGAGAUACCCUGCCAUGUUCAGCAGCAUCAAAGGCAUUGUAGAAGAGAGCGUCACCGGUGUUCAUCGUCUCUACCAACUCUCCAAAUCGAAAAAACUCACUGUUCCUGCUAUGAAUGUCAAUGAUUCAGUUACUAAGACCAAAUUUGAUAACCUAUACAGCUGUCGAGAAUCUAUUUUGGACGCAUUAAAGCGAACUACAGAUGUUAUGUUUGGUGGAAAACAAGUCUUAAUUUGUGGCUAUGGAGAAGUUGGGAAAGGUUGUGCUCAAGCUCUGAAGGGUAUGGGCUGUGUAGUGAUGGUUACUGAAAUUGACCCUAUUUGUGCUCUGCAAGCUUGCAUGGAUGGUUUCAGAGUCGUUAAACUCAAUGAAGUUGUACGUCAAAUCGACAUCCUUAUCACCUGCACAGGCAAUAAGAAUGUUGUAACCCGAGAGCAUCUUGACCGCUUGAAAAAUGGCUGUAUUGUGUGUAAUAUGGGCCAUUCCAACACAGAAAUUGAUGUGGGUAGCCUGCAUACCCCAGAGCUAACAUGGGAAAAAGUACGCUCACAAGUGGAUCACAUCAUUUGGCCUGAUGGAAAACGUAUUGUAUUGUUGGCUGAGGGUCGAUUGGUUAACUUAAGCUGCUCAAGUGUACCAUCAUUUGUGGUGUCUAUAACUGCCUCAACACAGGCACUUGCUUUAAUAGAGCUUUACAAUGCUCCUUCUGGGCGGUACAAAGAUGAUGUCUACCUCCUGCCAAAGAAAAUGGAUGAAUAUGUAGCCAGUUUACACUUGCCAACAUUUGAUGCUCAUCUGACUGAACUUACUGAUGAACAAGCAAGGUACUUAGGAUUAAAUAAAGCUGGUCCAUUUAAACCAAACUAUUAUCGGUAUUGAUGACACUACAAUCAAUCCAACAGAAUGAAAUCUACCAGAAAUUUAUUCAAGACAGACAACUCAUUCUUAUCUAGCGCCAGUGAUUAAACUGGGAAAAUUGUUUCUACUCUGAUACACAGCAUAUCUUCUUCUUCUUCCUUCUCUUUUUUUUGUUCUUUGCACAAAUUUCUUCUUUUUCUUCUUCCUAACUCCCCCCUCAAUAUUACCAAAUCCCUCUGGUUCUCUCUCGCCACCCACGCCCAUCCCAUUCCAUUUUUCUUGAAUUCAAAAAUCAAAAUGAGCAUAUAUUUCUCUAUUCUGGAAAUGAAACGAAACAAAAUAAAAAAGCGGGAAAAAAAACCCCAAAAAAUAAUUGGAAAGAAAGAAUCCAGAAAAGUCCCUCAUGUGAGAGAAAAUAUAAAAACAAAGCAAAACAAUGAGACUGUAGGAUGAACAAACAAAACCUGGUCCCAAUCUAUUCAUCAUUAAUCUGAAAAUUCCAAUGAAAAUAUUAAAAAAA